AAAAAACUAGAUAGGUGUGGCUUGUUGAUAACGGCCACGCCCACCUAAUGGCUCUAAGUUGAGUAGGAUGUCUUGGUUUACAGAGCUAGCUGGGAAGGCUGAGGCCCUUCUCAAUCAAGUGGAUCAAGCAGCAUCAGAGAGUCUCAAAGAUUCAGGCCUCAAAACCCCUCAGAAGCAAGCAGCUUCAUCAGCCACCAUAGAACCCCCAUCACGUGUACGUGAACCUCAUGUCCCUUACGAACCAACUGUACACACUACUAAGCCUGGACAAGGGGCUGCUGUAGCUCAAGUCCUGGUGGGAAGGACACCUCAAUCACUUGUCGCUAAGAAACAGCAUUCGAAUGAACCGAUACACACAUCAACUCCGCGCAAAUCAUCAUCAACAUCUUCUGUUGCUAAUGACGAUAAACUUCUUGAAUUUCUCAACUCUCCAUCAAACGUUAAAGAGUCAGUUUCCUCUCGACCAAGAACUCCACAGACACAGAAAUCUCGAAGUUCGUCACACGCUACAAAAUCGUCUUCUCUUCCCCUGUCCAAACCCGUUGUCCCUGUGUUAUCACAACCUCAUCUAACCAGUGGAAACAAUGAUACUGUACCUAACACUCCAGUUACAACUGAGGACGAAUCACAACAGGAAUCAAGUCCACCUCGAGAAGAGAUUGAACUCAAAGACGAUGCUGUUAUGGCAGUUACAGUGGAGGAGAGUCCACCAUUAGAUGAAGUGCCCUCGACUGACAUGCCUGAUAGUGCUACAAUGAUCGAACACCUACCUAAACCUGACGUGGACUUAGAAACAGAAAAUAGUGAAUCGCUGGACAAGAAAGAAAUUGGUGUUCUAAAGCAGACAAUUUCUAACUACGAACUUGAGAACAAACUUUUGAAGAGGGAGAUUAACUCAUUAAAUGAAGAGCUAGCUGCUCUAUUAAAGAAGACAACUGGACACGAGGAGAGAGUAUCCCAUUAUGAGAGUGAGAUACACGCACUGAGGGAGCAGGCAUCCAGGACAGAUCACAUGAUCCGACAGCUGAGGUCACAUAACGAGGAUCUCCAGGCAUCGCUAGAGGCCAGGGACUCGCAGAUCAGUGUGUUGAGAGCUCGACUGUCAGAGGCUGAUCGGAAGGUGGAGGAGCAGCAGAGACAACUGGCAGCUUCCGACAAUGAAAAGCAAAGGUUCCUCCAGGAUGCAGGUCUGAGCAGUACAGCUCACAGCCACGCACUAGACUCACUCAAGGCACAGCUGCACCAACAUCAGACCCUCCUCCAGCAAGAGAGGGUGGCCCUCCAGACUAAACAGCACGAGUUCGCAGACAGAGAGGGUAAACUCCGGGCCGAGUUGGCACAGGUGAGGGAUGAGUUGGUUGGUCAGCAGCAAGAGACGGCCCUCACCCAGACCAGGUGUGGAGGGCUGCAGACAGAGACUCAGCGAGUGCAGCAAGACCUACUCUUGGCACGUCGGGAACACAACGAGUACAAACAGAGGGCAGCUGGCAUUCUGCAGGCUAAAGAGAAGCUGAUAGCGAGCCUACAGAGUGGAGAGGGUGGAGCAAUGGGUGUGGUCAGCGAGGCAAGGCUGGAGGAGAUGAGGUUAGAGAAGGAACACGUUCAAGCCCAGCUAGAGAGUGCCCUACAGAGCUUGGAGGGGUUGAGGGCAGAGGCACAGAAGAAUGAUGACCGUCACAGUAUGGAGGUUGGUAGGCUAGCAGAGCAAGUGAGGGUGUGUGAGGGUGUGCUGGCCGAGGAGCGGAGAGGCCACACACACACCCGAGGGGAAGUGACAAGACUCACGCAAGAGUUGGAGGACGUGAGAGAGAGUUUGCUGAGAGAGAAGACAACUACUGCAGAGUUAUCACAGCGUAGUGAGAGUGAGCUGACUUCGUUGAAGGCUCAGUUAUCGACCACCCUCUCCCCCAGUCGUGCAGAGACAGAGUCUCGUCUCCACGAGCUCACAGAGAGCCUCAUCCACAAGCAGACCACACUGGAGACACUCAGCGCUGAGAGGAACUCACUCAACCUACAGCUCCAAAGAGUACAGGAACAACUGACAGAGGCACAGACAAGUCGGCCCACUAGCAACCACACAGCUGUUCUGAUGUGCCCUGCAGGCCACACUGACUCACACAGAGAAGGUGCCUCUGUUCGACCGUUGACCUCUGUACUUUCCUCGCUAGAGAAUGCCCCUUCUGACAGCAGACUCCAUAAUGUCAAGAGAGCAGUCAAUACACUCGACAAGUUCAGUAUUCGUCUGGGUGUGUUCCUGAGGAGGUACCCUCAUGCCAGACUGUUUGCCCUCUUCUACACAGUCCUACUCCAUGUGUGGGUAAUGGUGGUCCUGCUGACGUACACUCCAGAGGUUCAUGCCGCCGCCACUGACCCCUUGCAUAUAACUUUAUAGCAAUAACUCACUUCUGCUGAUUCAAGCAUGCAUGUGUUUCUUAUCAUGAUUUUUUUGUGCAACCUUUUGUAAUUAAUCAUGCAGGUUCAAUGUUUAUUUUCAAAAAACACUGCAUGAGAGUUAACAUAACCACACGAAA